AUGUCUUUUUUAAUUUCAUUUCUCUCUGAUCCUACACUAAUUUGCCUGCUGUGUGCAGCAGCGUUAUUAGCUGCGCUCCAUUUUUCGACCAGCUAUAAAUAUUCAGCUUUUAAGUUUCCUCCUGGUCCAACUCCUCUUCCGAUCAUUGGUAACCUGCACUUGGUGGAUCUUAGAAGGCAAGAUAAAUCACUAAUGAAGCUCGCGGAACAAUACGGCCCCAUCUUCACCCUCCACUUCGGGUUCCAGAAAGUUGUGGUCCUGACCGGGUACGAAGUGGUGCGGGAGGCGCUUGUGAACUACACAGAGGAGUUUGUAGACAGACCAUCCAUCCCAAUAUUUGACCAAAUUCAGAACGGAAACGGUCUGUUCUUCUCUAUCGGGGAGCUGUGGAGGACAACUCGACGGUUCACCGUAUCCAGCAUGCGCAACCUGGGCAUGGGGAAGAAAGUGAUCGAAGGGAGGAUUUUCGAGGAGCUUCACUUCCUUGUUGAGAUGAUCAAAUCCUUCAACGGGGAACCUUUUAGCCUGCCCUCCUUCAACUGCGCUCCAAUCAACAUCACCUUCAUCCUGCUCUUUGGGGAUAGGUUUGAUUAUAAGGACCCCACAUUUCUCACUCUCUUAAGACUCAUAGAUGAAAUUAUGAUUCUUCUGGGAUCUCCAUAUUUGAAUUAUUUCAAUUUCUACCCAUUCCUUGGAUUUCUCUUCAAAACCCACAAGAUCAUGCUCAGCAAAAUAGAAGACGUGCGUGCCAUUUUAAGGCAAUACAUGAAGGCAAGCAGGGAGGACGUCAAUGAGAACAGCGUGAGGAGCUACAUCGAUGCCCUGAUAUUCAAGCAGCAAGAGGAGAAAAACAAGAAAGACAGCCUCUUCCAUGAUGACAACUUAAUGGCAUCCAUACUCGACCUGGUCAUGGCAGGAACAGAGACCAUAGCCACAACACUCCAAUGGUCCAUCCUGCUGAUGAUGAAAUACCCAGCGAUUCAAAAAAAGGUGCAGGAGGAGAUUGGGAGAACUGUCAAGGCGGGCAGCUGGGCCACGUACGAGGAUCGGAAGAACAUGCCCUUUACAAACGCGGUGCUACACGAGGUGCAGAGGUUCGUCACCCUCCUGCCCCAUGUGCCCCGCUGCACUGCUGUGGACACCCACUUCAGGGGCUACUUCCUCCCCAAGGGUAUAAUUGUAAUCCCAUCACUCACCUCCGUGCUGCUGGAUAAGACACAGUGGGAGACACCACAUGAGUUCAACCCCAAUCACUUCCUUGAUGCUGAAGGGAAUUUUGUAAAGAGAGAGGCCUUCCUGCCCUUCUCCACAGGGCGAAGGAACUGCAUUGGAGAAAGCCUUGCCAAGAUGGAGCUGUUUGUCUUCUUCGUAGGGCUGCUGCAGACAUUCACUUUUCAACCCCAGCCAGGAGUUUCAGAGGCUGACUUGGACCUUACUGUCCCUCAGACGACUUUCACAUUAAGGCCUCAGCCUCAGGCAACCUGUGCUGUCCUGCGUGAAUAA